CUCCUCCUCCUCCCCACCCUCUCCUCCUCCUUCCCCUACUACUCACCCAAACCCCCCUUAAACCCCAUCGACUCCUGCUGGCGCUCCGACCCCUUCUGGUCCUCCCACCGCCAAAACCUCGCCAACUGCGCUCGUGGCUUUGGCGCAACCGCCAUCGGUGGCAAAUACGGCCCCAUCUACACUGUCACCGACCCCUCCGAUGACCCCAUCAACCCCUCCCCCGGCACACUCCGCUAUGCCGCAAUCCAAACACAACCCCUUUGGAUCAUUUUCUCAAGAGACAUGUCCAUCAAACUCAAGAAUGAACUUAUCAUGAACAGCUAUAAGACCAUUGAUGGGCGAGGCGUUAAGGUGGACAUAGGGAAUGGUGGGCCGUGCAUUACCAUACAAGAAGUGAGCCAUGUCAUUGUGCAUGGGAUUGUGAUACAUGGAUGCAAGAAAGGCAAGGCUGGCAUUGUGCGUAGCUCGCCGUCGCAUGCGGGGCAUCGUCUGGGUUCUGAUGGAGAUGGUAUAUCGGUUUGGGAUUCGACGGAUGUCUGGAUUGAUCAUUGUAGCUUGUCUGCGUGCUUCGAUGGGUUGGUGGAUGUUACGCAUGGUUCUACCAGGGUCACCAUUUCCAAUAAUUUGUUUGCUGAUCACGAUAAAGUAAUGUUGUUUGGGCACGUGGACGGGUUUGCGGCUGACAAGGCGAUGAAGGUGACGGUGGCUUUUAAUCGAUUUAGCUCAGAUUUGGUCCAGAGAAUGCCACGGGUGAGGACAGGCUAUGCUCACGUGGCGAAUAACAGGUACGAUGGAUGGGAGAUGUACGCCAUUGGAGGGAGCUCAAAUCCUACUAUUCUUAGUGAAGGAAACUACUACGUGGCUCCAAACUCCAAAGAUAAGAAGGAAGUCACAAAAAGAGAGGCAAAAAAUUGGAAGAAUUGGAAAUGGAGAUCCACAAAGGACCUUUUUCUCAACGGUGCAUACUUUGUUCCUUCGGGAUGGGGAAGUUGCUCCCCAGCUUAUUCUUCCCUACAGCAGUUCUACGUCGCAACAGGAUCUAUGGUUCCACUGCUAACUGCAAAUGCCGGAGUUCUUGCUUGUUCGGUCGCAAAGCCAUGCCUUUAA